AGGUCCCUCAGCUGAUGUGAAGGUAGCUAGCUAGCGCGCUUAUAGCUGAGAGAGUGGAGCUGGUGCACUGUCUGUUACAACUACAACACUGGAACAAAUAGUGAAUGGUAGUGUCUAGAAAGGGUAUGUCCCUUCAGGAGAGAGGUGCCAAUGUCCAACCGGCCUAAUUCCAAUCCAGGGGGGUCACUGCGCCGUUCAAAGAGGAACACUGCUGCGGCCCAGCCACAAGACCAUACAGUCGCGGGAAGGUUGCAGUCAGAGCAGGUAAAACAAAAAGCAAAUUCCCCUCCUGAAAGUAGAAGACCUAAUUCUAAGGCUUCCAAAGCCGCACCCAGCUCGGCCUCUGGCCAGUCCAGAGGGCACAGCUCAAGAAGAAGCGGUCUCGCGCUGUCUGAAGCUUCGUCCGUGCUGCAAGACGACCCAGAGGCUGCCGGGACUUCAGAGCAACCAGGCCACCAAUCCAGAAGCGAAGGCGCCCGAGGGCUGAAGAGAAGCUCCGCCCCCGACCUCAACAACACCUACACCGCCACCCCUGCCAAGAAGUCCAAGUCCCACCCAUCCCGAGACGACACCUCGGAGCCCAAGAAGGGCCCGGCCAAGUCCAAGAAGCGACCUCUGGCGCCAGAGCCUCCGGCAGCCUCCGGCCGAGGCCAGAGCAAGAAGAGCGGAGCUUGUGGGGCCUCCCCGACCCAGAAGCGAAAGAAGGCUGACUCCCUCCCCGGUUUGAGCAGCACUGCUGGGUCCCUCCCCAACCGUACCGACGGCAGAUCUGCAAAACCCACCAAGCUGGCGUCGAAAUCAGCCGCCUCAGCCAAAGCUGGGUGUAGUACCGUGACGGACUCCUCUUCUUCUGCCUCCACUUCUUCCUCCUCCUCCUCAGCCGGCGCCAACAGCGCCGCCCCGCAGGGCGCCAGGGUCAAGCAGGGCAAAGACCAGAACAAGGCUCGCCGCUCCCGUUCUGCCUCCAGCCCCUCCCCUCGCAGGAGCACCCGUGACAAGGAGCAGGCCAAAGCUGCCGGCUCCUCCAAAUUUGAGUGGGCAGCCCGCUUCAGCCCCAAAGUCAACCUGCCAAAGCCCAAACUGUCCCUGCCCGGGUCCUCCAAGACAGAGACCUCCAAACCUGGGCCAUCAGGACUACAGGCCAAACUACAAAGUUUGAGGAAGUCCACCAAGAAGCGCAGCGAGUCACCUCCAGCAGAGCUCCCCAGCUUUCGGCGGAGCACACGUCAGAAGACCACGGGCUCCUGCGCCAGCACCAGUCGGCGAGGCUCAGGCCUGGGCAAGCGCGGCGCAGCCGAAGCUCGCCGACAGGAGAAGAUGGCCGACUCUGACAACAACCAGGAUGGCGCCAACUCCUCGGCCGCUCGCACGGAUGAGGCGCCGCAGGGGGCUUCAGCCUCGAGCUCAGUGGCCGGAGCUGUAGGUAUGACCACCUCUGGAGAGAGCGAGUCUGAUGACUCUGAAAUGGGCAGACUGCAAGCGCUGCUGGAAGCCAGGGGCCUCCCCCCUCACCUCUUCGGGCCCCUGGGGCCACGGAUGUCCCAGCUGUUCCACAGGACCAUCGGCAGUGGAGCAAGCUCCAAGGCCCAGCAGCUGCUGCAGGGGCUGCAGGCCACAGGGGACGAGUCCCAGCAGCUCCAGGCUGCCAUCGAGAUGUGCCAGCUCCUGGUGAUGGGCAACGAGGAGACACUGGGAGGGUUCCCUGUGAAGAGUGUGGUGCCCGCACUGAUCACAUUGUUACAGAUGGAACAUAACUUUGACAUUAUGAACCACGCCUCCAGGGCCCUCACCUACAUGAUGGAGGCCCUGCCUCGCUCCUCAGCCGUGGUGGUCGACGCCAUCCCUGUCUUCCUGGAGAAGCUUCAGGUGAUCCAGUUCAUUGAUGUAGCGGAGCAGGCGCUGACUGCCUUGGAGAUGUUGUCAAGGCGACACAGCAAAGCCAUCCUGCAGGCUGGCGGCCUGGCGGACUGCCUCCUCUACCUGGAGUUCUUCAGCAUCAACGCCCAGAGGAACGCCCUGGCCAUCGCAGCCAACUGCUGCCAGAGCAUCACCCCGGACGAGUUCCACUUUGUGGCCGACUCUCUUCCCCUGCUGACGCAGAGGCUCACUCACCAGGAUAAGAAAUCCGUCGAAAGCACUUGUCUCUGUUUCGCCCGGCUGGUGGAUAACUUUCAACACGAGGAGAACCUACUGCAGCAGGUGGCCUCCCGGGACCUACUGACCAACAUCCAGCAGCUGCUGGUGGUGACCCCGCCAGUGCUCAGCUCGGGCAUGUUCAUCAUGGUGGUGCGCAUGUUCUCCCUCAUGUGCUCCAACUGCCCCUGCCUGGCCGUGCAGCUCAUGAAGCAGAACAUCGCGGAGACUCUCCGCUUCCUCCUGUGCGGAGCGUCCAACGGGAGCUGUCAGGAGCAGAUCGACCUGGUGCCCCGGAGUCCUCAGGAGCUCUAUGAACUCACCUCGCUCAUCUGCGAGCUGAUGCCCUGCCUGCCCAGAGAGGGCAUCUUUGCGGUGGACCUGAUGCUGAAGAAGGGCAGUGCCCAGACCACGGAGGGAGCCAUCUGGCAGUGGAGGGACGACCGGGGCCUGUGGCACCCCUACAACCGCAUAGACAGCCGCAUCAUCGAGACGGCCCACCAGAACGGGGAGGACGAGAUCAGCCUGUCCACGCUGGGCCGGGUCUACACUAUCGACUUCAACUCUAUGCAGCAGAUCAACGAGGACACAGGCACGGCCCGCGGGAUCCAGAGGAAGCCCAACCCUCUGGCCAAUCCCAACACUGGCGGGCACCAGGAGGUGAGGAGGGAGGACGCCAGGGCCCAGCUGAUGAAGGAGGAUCCCGAGCUGGCCAAGUGCUUCAUCAAGACCCUGUUCGGGGUCCUGUACGAGGUGUACAGCUCCUCUGCCGGCCCGGCCGUCAGACACAAGUGCCUUCGAGCCAUCCUCAGGAUCAUCUUCUUCGCCGACGCGGAUCUGCUCAAGGACGUGCUGAGGAACCACGCUGUGUCCAGCCACAUCGCCUCCAUGCUGUCCAGCCAGGACCUGAAGAUUGUCGUGGGCUCUCUGCAGAUGGCUGAGAUCCUGAUGCAGAAGCUGCCCGACGUCUUCAGCGUCUAUUUCCGCAGAGAAGGUGUGAUGCACCAGGUGAAGAACCUGGCCGAGUCGGAGACCUUCCUCACCAGCCCCCCCAAGGCCUGCACCAGCGGCACGGCCAGCCUGUGCACCACCACCAUCAGCACAGCCACCACGACCACGGCAACCAACGCCACGCCCGACCUGGGCUCCCCCAGCUUCCAGCACAGCAUGGACGACUCACUGGACCUGAGCCCACAGGGGAGGUUAAGCGAUGUCCUGAAGAGGAAACGCCUGCCGAAGAGGGGGCCCAGACGGCCCAAGUACUCCCCCCCCAGGGACGAGGACAAAGUAGACAAUCAGGCCAAGAGUCCCACCACUACCCAGUCCCCCAAGUCCUCCUUCUUGGCCAGCCUCAACCCCAAGACCUGGGGCAAGCUGGGCGCCCAGACCAACAGCUCCAACUCUGAGCCCUCUCGCACAGCAGGGGUGAGCGGCAUGGCCCGCGCCCCGCCCAAGGACUCCGUCUCCAACAACAGGGACAAAAUAAAGGCCUGGAUCAAAGAGCAGGCUAGUAAGUUUGUCGAGCGCUAUUUCAACAAUGAGAACGUGGACGGCAGCAACCCUGCCCUGAAUGUACUCCAGAGACUGUGCACAGCCACAGAGCAACUCAGCCUGCAGAUGGACGGGGGCGUGGAGUGCCUGGUGGAGAUCUGCAGCAUCGUGUCUGAGUCGGACGUGUCGUCGUUUGAGAUCCAGCACAGCGGCCUGGUGAAGCAGAUGCUGCUGUACCUGACGUCCCACGGCGACAGGGACCUGGUGUGCCGCGACGUGCGCCUCAAGAGGUUCCUGCACGUGUUCUUCAGCUGCCCGGUUCCGGGGAUGGAGCCCGCGGGCCGCCUGGAGCCGUCUGAGAACGGCCCUCUGCUGGCGCUGGUGCACAAGAUGAACAACUGCCUGAGCCAGAUGGAGCAGUUCCCCGUCAAGGUGCACGACUUCCCCAGCGGCAACGGCAACGGCAGCAGAGGUUCUCAGGCCCUGAAGUUCUUCAACACACACCAGCUGAAGUGUCAGCUGCAGAGGCACCCGGACUGCACCAACGUGAAGCAGUGGAAGGGGGGUCCCGUGAAGAUCGACCCCCUGGCUCUGGUGCAGGCCAUCGAGAGAUACCUGGUGGUCCGAGGCUACGGGCGGAUACGAGAGGAGGACGAGGACAGCGACGACGACGGGUCCGACGAUGAAAUCGACGAGUCACUGGCCGCCCAGUUCCUGAACUCUGGCAGCGUGCGCCACAGGCUGCAGUUCUACAUCGGGGACCACCUGCUGCCCUACAACAUGACGGUGUACCAGGCGGUCAGGCAGUUCAGCCUGCAGGCCGAGGAGGAGAGGGAGUCCACGGACGACGAGGCCAACCCGCUCGGGAGAGCCGGCAUCUGGACCAAAACACACACUAUAUGGUAUAAGCCUGUGAGGGAAGACGAGGACGGCAGCAAGGACGCUGUGGGAGGCAAGCGAGGCCGCGCGCAGACCGCCCCCACCAAGACCUCCCCCCGCAACGCCAAGAAACAGGACGAGCUGUGGCACGACGGCGUGUGCCCCAGCGUGUCCAGCCCCCUGGAGAUGUACCUCAUGUCGGAGCCCCCAGAGAGCAUCACCUUCAGCGACCCCUCAUUAGAGGUCAACCUGCUGCUCAGGGUCCUGCAUUCAAUCAGCAGAUACUGGUUCUACCUGUACGAAAAUGCGGUGUGCAAGGAGAUCAUCCCCACCAGCGAGUUCAUCAACAGCAAGCUCACAGCCAAGGCUAACCGGCAGCUGCAGGACCCUCUGGUCAUCAUGACUGGGAACAUCCCUACCUGGCUCACUGAGCUGGGGAAGACCUGCCCCUUCUUCUUCCCGUUUGACACACGCCAGAUGCUGUUUUACGUGACCGCCUUCGACCGCGACCGGGCCAUGCAGCGCCUGCUCGACACCAACCCCGAGAUCAACCAAUCAGAUUCUCAGGAUAGCAGAGUGGCGCCGCGUCUGGACAGGAAAAAGCGAACGAUAAACCGCGACGAGCUGCUGAAGCAGGCCGAGUCAGUGAUGCAGGACCUGGGCAGCUCCAGGGCCAUGCUGGAGAUCCAGUACGAGAACGAGGUGGGCACGGGCCUGGGCCCCACCCUGGAGUUCUACGCCCUGGUGUCCCAGGAGCUGCAGAGGGCUGACCUGGGGCUGUGGAGGGGGGAAGAGGUCACUCUGGCCAACCCUAAAGGAAGCCAAGAAGGGACUAAAUACAUGUUCAGCUCCAGAGGGCUGUUUGCUGUCCCCUUCGGCAGGACCACCAAGCCGGCGCACAUCGCCAAAAUCAAAAUGAAGUUCCGCUUUCUGGGCAAACUGAUGGCCAAAGCCAUCAUGGACUUCAGACUGCUGGACCUACCUCUGGGCCUGCCUUUCUACAAGUGGAUGCUGAGGCAUGAGGCGUCCAUCAGCUCCCACGACCUGGUCAACAUCGACCCCGGCGUGGCCAAGUCCAUCCAGCACCUGGAGGACAUCAUCCGGCAGAAGAAGAGGCUUGAGCUGGACCGCUCCCAGACCAGAGAGACCCUGCAGCAGGCCCUGGAGACCCUCAACAUGAACGGCUGCUCCGUGGAGGACCUGGGCCUGGACUUCACCCUGCCCGGCUUCCCCAACAUCGAGCUGAAGAAGGGGGGCAAGGACGUCCCUGUGACCAUCUACAACCUGGAAGAGUACCUCAGGCUGGUGGUCUAUUGGACACUCACUGAAGGCGUGUCCAGACAGUUUGAAUCCUUCAGGGAAGGUUUUGAGUCAGUCUUCCCCCUGCAGCACCUGCAGUAUUUCUACCCAGAGGAGUUGGACCAGCUGCUGUGCGGCAGCAAAUCCGAGACCUGGGACGUGAAGACCCUGAUGGAGUGCUGUCGGCCGGACCACGGGUACACACAUGACAGUCGUGCUGUGAGGUUCCUGUUUGAGGUGCUGAGCAGCUUUGACGCGGAGCAGCAGAGACUCUUCCUGCAGUUUGUGACAGGAAGCCCCAGACUGCCAGUUGGAGGAUUCCGGAGUCUGAACCCUCCUCUGACCAUCGUGAGGAAGACGUUCGAGUCCACAGAGAACCCCGACGACUUCCUGCCCUCGGUCAUGACCUGCGUCAACUACCUGAAGCUGCCCGACUACUCCAGCAUCGAGAUCAUGCGCGAGAAACUGUUGAUCGCGGCCCGCGAGGGCCAGCAGUCAUUCCACCUAUCCUGAUCUCGCCGACUCUCACAUACAAAAUGCCUUCUACAGCAACCGACGAAAUCAUGACUUCCUUCUCCUCUUUGUUUUUGUAAUCACCUACAUCAAGGCAAUGUGUACAGCCUUCCUGUUAGAGAAAGCAGCUUGCAGAAAAUUAAAAGACUUCAGAUAUAUAUUUGCUGCCCCCGUCUCUCCUACAAAAUGGAUAGGCAUUACAUGACUCGCAGAACAAACAAAAAAAAACACACAAAAAAAAAAGAAAUUCAGAGUAAAACUUAUAUCAGUAGUGGAGUAAUGUUUAAAAAAAAAAAAAAAGGAAAAAAAAGGAAAGAAUCUGGGUGACAUUUUAAAUUGCAUUGCUGUGUGAUAUUUAAAAAAAGGGAUGUUUCCUCCCCAAAGCGGUAAAGGUCACUGUAUACUGGGGAGGGGCUCCACUGAGCAAGAUAGAUUCACUUUAGCUCCAAAGAUCAUUUGUACAGACAAAUUUGCAGACUUUGCUCAUUCUACACAUUUGAUAGAAUAGCUCUUUGUUCUCAUGUCUACUUCCCAUUAGUUUGUUCUCAUUCUGUUCUGUAUUAUAUUGCCCCAAUUUGUGUGUUGCAUUUUGGUUCAGCUUUUCCUCUUGUGUGUUUUUUGCUUACAUUUUUGGAUACGAGAGUUGCAGUUGAUUGAAUGCGGAUAGCGUUGAGAGGAGUAGUAUGUCUUUUUUUUUUUUUUUCUUCUUUUACCCAAUUUAAAAUUGUGUUCUGGCCUACAAAAGAACGUCAGCUCAAAUAUAAAAGAGUUCUAUCCGAUGUGUUGGAUAAAGAAAUGUAGUUUUUGCUCUUCCUUUGGUAGUGUGUCUGCUGGCCCCUGUGGGCCGCGGUGGGGCUCAGGGGCCAGUGACUGGCCAGGCCGAGCUCCUGAGGACCCUACCGGCCCUGAAAGGGGCCGAGCACAUUUUGGCUGGUCUCAUUUUAUCGUUUCUUGGCCAGAUAGCAUUUCAAGUUCAUUUAUGGAAAAACUUUAUAUGCAGUGUCACACCCUGUUUGAGGUGGGAAUGUCUGCUUUAUCUUUUUUUAUUUUCUAUAUUUUGUCUCUUUCUCCCCUCCCCCCCCCCCCCCCCCCCCCCCCCCCUUGUGUUAGUUUAUUUUUUGCACUGCUGGCUUGGAACAAACCGUGGUGUGCACCUGCAGUCUGUGGCCAGGGGGUGGCGCCACCGUCUGCUCUCCUGGCCCAAUCCUUCAUGUGCUGGUUUCUAAGAUCUGCAAUAAUUUACUGCAUCAGGUUCAUGUUUUUACCUGAACAUAAAUAAAGUAACUGUUUGACUCAU